UUUGAACGUUUUUGGUCCGGAUUUUUAGUUCUGCGAGUGAGUGAGUCAUUCAGUCAGUCAGUGAGUGAGUGCCAUUUCGAUUUUUUAUAUAUAGAUUCAAGUAUCCCCACACAGGAUAGUCUUUGUUAGACUUUGUUUGUCAUAGUUUUUGGAAGUGAUGAGAAAGCAUCACAGUAAGUAAUCAGUGUCAUUUCUACAUAAGCAUAUAGAUUUCAGCUAAAAUUAUGAUCAGAUUCCCAUAUAUAUUAUAGACCUAUUCUAGAGUGUAGCCUAUAGCCUAAGUAUAUGUCAAAAACCAUAAUUUGUAUUACAUAUUCAAACCAUUGAGGGCGAUUACAAUACAUAGCUUUCGGAUUGGAGCAAUCAUUCGCCAACAAAUCAUACACACCUACCACUUACCUCACAAUAGAGGCUGUUAAAUUCAUGUUCUGUAUUAUUUCAUUGACAAAUAUUCAUAAUUAUUAUAAACUGCAUGCAAGAAUGUUCAUAUUCGAUGAGUAGGCUAUGAUUAUAUAAGUUCAUGUUCAAAUAUUGUUCAUUUCUGUCAGAGUAUUUCUCUCUAAGUAGGUAAUUAUAAAUUGUUUCUAUAGGAUUGUUAACAUGGCGCUUCGACGAAGUAGGCCUACCUACCUAUGUUUGUUAGAGCAGAAGUUGCCAAGGAAACAUUCCAUGCAACAUUCGCCCGAUGUCAUAUUUCCUGUACAAUAUUGAUAAAACAGUCACGGAAUCGAUUCAGACUGUUUGAAACUCAAUUAGGUACGGUACAUUUUAUUAUUGAAACUGUUUUUCGUUUAAAACUAGUUUACGGUACCGUACCUUACCGGUAUGUGAUAAAUGAUUUGUUUACUUGCUAUUUAUUGUGAUUGGCUUUCAGCGCAUAUAUUAUCAGGCGAAUCGAAUAAAUUGAUGAUUGAACAUGUUUCCAACUUUAACAGUGUUUGAAAAAACCGUCAUCAACACACAUCUGCAAAAUUGCUCAAGUCAGAUGAAACUAUUGAGCUGCAUCUCUGCCGGUAACAAAAUUUGUAUAGAGAAGACCUUGGAACGAAUUUUAGAUGAAUUGAACGAAACGGAUUGUGGUGGAGAAUGUUUGAAAACGAUGGUUGAUGAACUAGGUAGUAAGAAUAGGGACCAAUGUGAAGCACUAAAAGUGUCUAUUGAACAGUUGAAGGAAGCAGCGAUCACUCUUCAAAGAGAAAUCAGUGAUAUUUCAGCAGAAAGUGGGAUUAAGAUAAAGAGAAUGGACGUGGAAGCUUCAACAUUGAAGGAUGAUCUUGAAAAUGCUAGCUUUCAGCAGGAAGUCGAAAUAAAAUAUACUGAGAAAUGGGAGGCCGCUAGAGCUGAGCAAAACCUGACUAUAGCUAGCAUUGAAGAAGCAAGACUGACAAAAAUGUUGAGAGUGCUACAAUAUCGUAUUGACUUCGAAGAGCGAGUACACACUGAAAUAACGAUGUACUUGGAGCAAACAACACUGAAAUUUGAAGAGGACUUGAAAGCAUGGAUGCAAAAGUAUGAUGAGCAAAUGAAUCUCUAUGACAGGGAGUUGUUGGAUAUAAAGGAGAAGCGAGGAAUACAAUUGGAAAAGCUGAACAGUCUCACAAAAAAGUUUCACGAUCACGCAAGGAAAAUAAAAGAGUAUAAGCAUGAGAAGGAAGAGCGUAUAAGAGAGAGUGCCUUGAAAGAACAUCUCAACAAAACAACUACAAAAAUCCAGGCUUGGUGGAGAGGUGUGAUGGUAAGGAGGCAUUUGGGACCCUAUAAGAAAAAAGGAAAAGUUAAGGAAAGGCCAAAGUUCAAAGGGAAAAGUAUUGACAAAGCUGAUACUGAGACAAAAGGAAAAGCACAAAGAAAGUAACAUUUUGAAACCAACCGGAUUGAAACAAGAGCAUUAGAUAGAUGAGUCUUCGACUACCGUUGUAGCUCAGCCAAGCAGCUCUUGAAAUAUCCAUACUUCAAAUAUUGUAUUACAAGACUUAGCCUUAGCCUUAGACUUAGUUUGUUAUAAUGUGGAUCAUUUUGAGUUUAAGCCACUAGCUGAUUGAAUUCAGUUUAAACUUUGACUGUGCAAAUGGCCCUCAAUCUGAUGAUUUGAAUAAAUAUUGUCAAAUAAAAUGUAAGAAAUAUGUCUUUUUACAAAAUCCUGGUCAAAUAAAUAAUACAUAGACUAUAUAAUUGUUUAGUGAGUGUUCCAUACUCAAACUAAAAACGCUUAAAAACAAAGUCAAUUUAUCAAAUAAAUCCCCCGACCCUCUCUGCUGGGAGGUAUUCCAUACGCCCCAGACCUCAGACCGGUGUCCCUUAUUUGGUCAGUAAACAUUUGGCAACCCUGGAGGCACUCCCAACAUCUUCACUUAGAAAAAGCUCUAAAAAUGAUGUAACCAAUAGCUAUUAUGCUGGAAAUGAAUUAAUGAAUAAUACAUCAAAUGAAUAUAUAACAUUUUAUUAAUAAUAAAUCGUAUUAAAACCAAUCAUCACUCCAUAUCUUACUACCUAUUUACUGAGCAAACAUUGAAUAUGAUGAAUGAAUAUAAAAUGUGGUCUACAUGUCUAACAAUAAAAUAAAAAAUAUGAACAACCAUUUAUAAUAUUGGAAAUUAACAAUAUUUCAAUGUUUAUCUAGAAGUUAUAUAGGAUAUGAGAUUCAAUACAAACUGACAGCAUUUUGCUUCCCAUUCAAUUAAGGCUGUGCAAAUAAACUUUCCACUGCUGAUAGUUUUCAAAGUUGUUUGAUUUGUAUAUCAUCAAGCUAUCAAAAUGAAAACGUUUUCUUAGGCAACAUUUUUUCCGAUCAUUACUUUUUGAGAUAUGAGCGCCUAAAGUCAAAACUUUUGGGACAGAACAUUUCAAAUUCGGUAAGAGAUAAAUCCAUGAGAUUUAGAGGAUGAAUUAUUCAUGGCAUUGUUGAUUGAAUAAAACACAAAUUUUCUGAAAAUAUCAA